AUGGCAAGCCGUAGAUUUUAUGACUACCACUGCAUCGCAACGGACAUUAAUCGCCGCAAGUGCCGGCGCAGUGUUCCUAUGGAAGUCCUUGCUCUCGGGAUGAGUCGCACGGGCACAGACUCCCUCAAACAAGCCCUCUUAAUACUAGGUUAUCACGACGUCUAUCACGGCUUCUCCGCAGCGUUAGAUAAUCCGCGAGAUUGCGAAAUGUGGCUUGCCGGCCUACGUGCAAAAUACGACGGUAGGGGAAAGCCAUUUGGGCGGCCGGAAUUCGACCAGCUUUUAGGUCAUUGCCAGGUCGUAUCGGACUUCCCUGCGAUCUGCUUUUCGGAAGAGAUCAUCGCAGCCUAUCCCACGGCGAAGGUCAUAUUAACCACGAGGGACUUGGAUAAAUGGCACACUAGGUCCAUGCAAAAAGCCUUUCAGCCCCUGCUCGAUAGCCGGUGUCUACGUGUGCUCGAAAUGGCCGAUCGUGCCUUGUUCGGUAGAACACGGUGGAUCGGACGAACCUGGAGGACGAUAUGGAAAAACGUCUUCAGUGGCGAUUUUGAGACGAAUGGUCGCCAGGCAUACAGAGACCAUUAUGCUCGAGUCAAUGAGCUAGUGCCAAAGGGCAGAUUGUUAUUCUUCGAUGUCCGUGAUGGUUGGGAGCCACUUUGUCGCUUUCUGAAACGCCCGGUCCCCCCAAUCGAUUUUCCUACAGGGAAUGUCGUCGAAACUUUCCACAGGCGGCUUGCUAGCGGUGUUGAGGCCAUGUUCUACAUUCAUGUGGCUAGAGUUUUUAAGGGCUUGCUGUUGCUCUCCCUCCUAUAUCUGAUAUUAGUGAAGAUAAGACCUUAA